CCUCUAUUACACUGCAACAGACUCCUAGAUAACCACACAUUCAUAAGAAUGAAGAACUGUCACCUUACCACCAAAGGUCGGAGUACUUUAAUUGUUACAGAGAGAGAUUAAAAGAGUUUUGUCUAACCUGAAAAUAAUAGUGAGUAUAUUCUAAGGAGACACCGAUGGCAAACUCCAAUGGCAGGUAUCUAUUGUGAAACUCCUGAUUUAAUAGUUGAGAAAGUCAAACAGUGUCAUUGCUUUCGAUGAACCAAUUGAAACCAAUUUCGAUGAACCAAUCUGUCAUAUUGUUUAUCUCCUUAGACCACCCCUAAGCUCAAAACCCUUGUCACCGUCACCUUAUAGGUGAAGCCUAUGGUUUUUACACGCCUCUUAUUGAUUUACAACCCCUGCGCAAAGACUAAAGUUCCCUGCGUUUGAAACAAGACAACAGACAUCCAGCACAUUGGAGACCAAGCAAGGACAAACGACAACUUGCAUCUCAUAAGGCCAUUUUCAAUCAUCCUGUGUGUCUGAGGGUUUCAACCUCAAGAGUUUGGAAGCCUUUUCCUACACCUGUGUGUGUACUCUGGGUGAUCAUGUCGACGGCGGUGGAACUAACUGGGUUUUUGUUGUGCGUGGCGAGCUGGCUACUCACAGGCUCCUCACUAGCCAAUGACUACUGGAAGUUGUCCUCGGUGUCUGGCAGUGUCAUCGUAUCCACACGCCAGUUCCAGAAUUUAUUUCACUCGUGUGCCGAGAACAGCGCCGGCAUCAGGAACUGCAAAGACUUUGAGUCUAUGCUCGCUUUGCCUGGUAGGUACUGGACUGACUACUACUCCCAAACUGGACCAAUAGAUAAUCUCCAAAACCUGUCCCAAACAAUAUUGGCAAAUUAGUUUGACACCCCUGGUCAAAGGGAACUCUAAAUACUCUCCCGAGUGGCGCAGUGGUCUAAGGCACUGCAUCGCAGUGCUAGCUGUGCCACUAGAGAUCCUGGUUCGAAUCCAGGCUCUGUCGUAGCCGGCCGCGACCGGGAGACCCAUGGGGCGGCGCACAAUUGGCCCAGCGUCGUCCAGGGUAGGGGAGGGAAUGGCCGGCAGGGGAUGUAGCUCAGUUGGUAGAGCAUGGCGUUUGCAACGCCAGGGUUGUGGGUUCGAUAAAAUAAUGUAUGUGCUAACUGUAAGUCGCUCUGGAUAAGAGCGUCUGCUAAAUGACUAAAAUGUAAAAAAUGUAAAGGGAAACGUUUCCUGCUCCUCUGUGUCACUUGCCGACUCUGUUUCUUAAACAAAUGGUUAAUGUUAUGUGAAGCGAUUUUGCUGUGUAAAGGUCUAUCAAUUACAUACAACAACCUUAACUAGUCUGUUUUGUUAGAUUCCAGAUGUUGCCAAAUGUUUUAAGAAUAAGAGGAACACAAUCUGUCUUUAUAUUUUCAAUGGAGUGUCUCUUCGGCAAACAUGAAUGAUCCAUGUAUUGAUACAGUUCUGUAUCUUAGACACAUCCUACAUCUGAGUUAAAGCCUCCAUUUGUUUGUGUUCUGUAUGUGACAUACAGGAAGUUGAUAUAAGCCUUUAGCGGUGUCUAACAAUGAAAAAAAAAGGCCACCAGCACUUGCUUGAUAACAGCAAUUGAAGUCUAUUUAUUUUCUUUAGGCAACAUGUCCCACUAGAACACCCUGCAAAUGUUUCUGCUAUGCCUUCUUUAGUGCGUGUGUGUGUGUGUGUGUUGUGAGACACGCAAGGGGAUAGAGUUGAGCACAUUUCCCUCCCUUUACCUUUAGUAUUGUCUCCAAGUCCCAGUCUACUCAGGCUCUCUAUCUAUCCAAUGUCUGUUGUUGACUGGAACUCUGUCGCUUCCUGUGUUCAGGCUACAUACAGGCAUGUCGAGCCCUGAUGAUCAUCGCUCUGCUCCUGGGUCUAGCAUCCAUCAUUGUGUCAGUGCUGGGGCUGAAAUGCACAAAGAUCGGCAGCACUUCUGAACAGGCGAAGGGCAAAAUCGCUCUGACCGGCGGUAGCUUGUUCAUCUUAUCAGGUGUGUCCCCAACUGCCAGCAUCAUCAGCUUUAUUCAGCUCUCCUCUCACAGUAUCUAUCUAUCUAUCUCUCUCUCUCUCUCUCUCUCUCCCUCUCUCUCUCUCUCUCUCUCCCCCCCCCCCCCCCCCCUCUCUCCCUCUCUCUCCCCCCCUCCCCCCCACUCUCUCUCUCUCUCUCUCUCUCUCUUCCCCUCUCUCCCCCCUCCCAUCUCUCUUUCUUCUGCCGUUUACCAACCAUUUCAAUCUGCCUCUCCAACAGGUCUUUCCACCUUGACUGCUGUGUCAUGGUAUGCUGCACGGGUGGUACAGGAGUUCCAUGAUCCAUUCUUUGCAGGAGUAAGGUGAGUACACAUCCCAAAAGCUGAAAGUACUGCCUGGGAAUUGCCGUUCUAAUUAAGGCCAGGUUUAAUUUUUUUUCGGUCAGGUCACAUCACUCAACCAAUCAAUUAAAACCUUGUUCAUAAAAACCUUUUAUUGAAGGAAUCAUUCUGAUUUGGGUACACACACAAACACACACACACAGGUCAAGUUGAUUAAUUCUCUGUCCCUGUAGGUUUGAGCUGGGUGCAGGUCUAUACAUGGGCUGGGGUGCUGCCUGUCUGGCCAUUCUGGGUGGGGUCAUGCUCUGCUGUUCCUGUAAGAAGGGUCCAUCAGGACCACCAACAGGGUGAGUAAUUGCGUCCACAAAGUUGAGUCCCAAAUUGCACCCUAAUCCCUAUAUAGUGCACUAUAGGGCUCUGGUCAAAAGUAGUGCACUAUAUAGCCAUUUGGGAUGCAACCAAAGACACUUCCUACUCCCAAAGCUAAUGUGCAAGCUAACCAUUAUCCUACCAAAACCAUGGUCUUCGUUGGGCAAAGCGAGGACAACUCUAUCUCAGGUCUCCAGGCAUGUAAUGGGCUAGCCAACACUAGUUAGCUAGCAAUUUACCAUCUGUUACAUGAACUAGUCAAAGAAAUCAUUGUUGUCCAAUCUAUUGUACCCUACUUGUCUUACAGGGGAUAUUCAAACAACUACUCCAAAACAGGCCGUGGACAACAGAUCUACAGGGCAGCACCUGUGUCAGAGUCGGGGAGUUCAAAAGCUUAUGUUUAAAGCAGUUUAAAAUGUGUGUGUUGAAAAAAUAAAAAUAAAAUUGUUUGUUUGUCUGUUUUCAUAUGUUACUUCGCUAAAGUGUUACUUCACUGGUUUGCAUUUGCCGUUAUAUAUUUUAGUUUUUGUUGUCUUCUUGAGUUGAGUGAGUCACUGUGAAUAUUAAUGCAAUGUUUAUUACUUUGAAAUGUGUUGAAAAUAAAACAAUGUAUCUGUUGAUGAUUAUUGUUCUAUUGAUAUUGUAUAUCCAAAUUAAUAGAAAAUAGAAGCUAUGCCACAACUCCAAAUGAAUGGAAAAGAUACCCACUGGGUACAGACGUCUAAUCCACAUUGAUUCAACGUAAUUUCAUUGAAAUG